AUGACAUGUGACGUCAUGUACGACGGUCCGUUGCCGUUUGAUUCGGAGACACUGCGUGGGCGGUACGGCUACCUCCAUGCGCUCCUCUCAGGCGACACGAAAGCAGCGUGCCAGGAGGUCCGUGAGUCACCCAAAGAUGCGCUCGACAAGAGAAUCGCCUCAGUGCGCGCGGCUAUGCAGAAGGGUGCACCGUAA